AUACAAACCAAAAAUCUCUUACUAGAAAAAAUGGGGCUUCAGUUUUGUGAGUGAGAGUUGGGGAAAAUGAAGAAUUAAAAAGUGAGAGACGCAUAUAAAAAGGUGGAAAAACAAGUAAUCUAGGACCAUAAACGUAGUUAUAUUUUUGUAGGCAUGGAUAACACUUACCUUAGCCCGAGGGAAGAUGGAUCUGAUUGGCUGAAAACCCCCUCAGCUCCACCAACCUCCACCGCCGCCUAGAAAUUCACAUGAAUGGGAUAUGAAAAACUCCUCCUUGGAUUCCGCAGAAGAAACCGAUCCCGCCAGCCACUGGGAUUUCAACCUCUCCGCUGUAAUCGCUUCCGCAUCCGCCUCCGCCUCCGCCUCCGACGCCAUCGGAGUCCUCGAAUUCGACCACACCAACUCCCUCCUGGCCACCGGCGGCAUCGCCAGGAAAAUCAGAAUCUACAACGCCCAAAAGUUUCCAAUGUUGGAGGAGGGCGGCGGUGCGGCAACAGUGGUGGACCACGCGGCUGCAUGCGACUACUACAUGUACACUCCGGCGAAGCUGAGCAGCCUCAAGUGGAAGCCCGGGUCCGGAUCCCGACUCAUCGGAUCCGGAGACUACGACGGCGUGGUCAUGGAAUACGACCUCGAGAAACGGGUGCCCGUUUUCGAGCGCGACGAGCAUGGGGGGAGGCGGGUCUGGAGCAUAGACUACUCCACCGGGGACCCGACCCUAGGCGCAUCCGGGUCGGACGACGGCACCAUGCAAAUGUGGGACACGCGCUGCCAUGCCGGGACCUCUCUGGCCUCGGUCCGGCCGGCCCUCAGCCCGGUCUGCUGCGUCGAGUUCAACCCGUUCGGCGGUCUAACCGUGGCCGUCGGAUGCGCGGACCGGAAAGUGUACGGCUACGAUGCGCGUAGGAUGGUUGAGCCGGUUUUCGUUUUGGAGGGGCACGACAAGGCCGUGAGCUACGCCAGAUUUCUGGAUUCGCAAACCAUAGUUUCUUCCUCGAUUGAUGGGAGCUUGAUGAUGUGGCACGCCGAGGAACGCCGCCUUAUUCGGAGGUAUAGAGGCCACGUCAACACCCGGAGAUUCGUCGGCUUAUCGCUGUGGAGAGGCGGUGGAUUGCUCAGCUGUGGCUCAGAGAAUAAUCGUGUCUUCGUCUACGAUAAAAGGUGGGGCCAUCCCAUUUGGGUUUGCCGAUUUGCGGCGCACCCGCAGGGGUUCGUCAGCAGCGUCUGCUGGCGCCAGACGCCGGGCCCGGGGGAGAGCUGCACGCUCGUUGCCGGUGGCUCCGAUGGGGUGUUGCAGGUCUUUCAAGGUCAACCAAAGUCGUGCUUGCUAUAUCAUUAAUUAACUGCCAAUUCUUUUCACCUUUUCUCAUAGAUGAUAAUUUAGUUGAUUUAAAAUUUAAACGCUUUUUCUU